ACCUCCUUCCUUCCUCAGGAGAAGGAUCACCGACUCCCUCUUCGAGCUCUCUAGCUUUGCCUCUCCUCCUCCUACGUUCUGGUCUUCUGACACCCCUUGUUCUUCGAUCGAUGGAGGUCGAGAACGGAGUCCACGGCAAUGGCUUCGCCGACGGGCUUUGCGUCAAGGCCGACCCCCUCAACUGGGGCGCCGCGGCCGAGGCGCUGACGGGGAGCCACCUCGACGAGGUCAAGAGGAUGGUGGAGGAGUUCCGGCGGCCGCUGGUGCGGCUCGAGGGCGCGACGCUCAAGAUCUCUCAGGUGGCGGCGGUCGCCAUGGCGCCGCACUCGGCGGUGAGGGUGGAGCUGUCGGAGUCCGCCAGGGAGGGAGUGCGCGCCAGCAGCCAGUGGGUGACCGACAGCAUGACCAACGGGACCGACAGCUAUGGUGUCACCACCGGCUUCGGUGCAACCUCUCACAGGAGGACCAAGGAAGGAGGCGCCCUGCAGAAGGAGCUCAUUAGAUUCCUUAAUGCCGGAAUAUUCGGCUCCGGGACGGAGUCCGCCCACACGCUGCCGACACCGGCCGCCAGGGCGGCGAUGCUCGUACGCGUCAACACCCUCCUCCAAGGCUACUCUGGCAUCCGGUUCGAGAUCCUCGAGGCCAUGGCCAGCCUCCUCAACUCCGGCAUCACCCCCUGCCUCCCCCUCCGCGGCACCAUCACCGCCUCGGGCGACCUGGUCCCCUUGUCCUACAUCGCUGGCGUGCUCACCGGCCGCCCUAAUGCCAAAGCCUUCGCCCCUGGCGGCGAGGCGGUCGACGCUGCGGAGGCCUUCCGCCGGUCCGGCAUCCCCCAUGGGUUCUUCGAGCUGCAGCCCAAGGAGGGGCUCGCUCUCGUCAACGGCACCGCCGUCGGCUCGGGCCUCGCCUCGGUCGUUCUGUACGAAGCCAACGUCCUCGCUGUCCUCGCCGAGGUGCUGUCGGCGGUCUUUUGCGAGGUGAUGCAGGGGAAGCCGGAAUUUACCGACCACCUCACCCACAAGCUGAAGCAUCACCCGGGCCAGAUCGAGGCCGCCGCCAUCAUGGAGCACAUCCUCGACGGCAGCUCCUACAUGAAGAUGGCCAAGAAGCUUCACGAGCAAGACCCGCUGCAGAAGCCGAAGCAGGACCGGUACGCCCUCCGCACCUCCCCGCAGUGGCUCGGCCCCCAGAUCGAGGUCAUCCGCUCCGCCACCAAGUCCAUCGAGCGGGAGAUCAACUCUGUCAACGACAACCCCCUCAUCGACGUCUCCAGGAACAAGGCCCUGCACGGCGGCAACUUCCAGGGCACGCCCAUCGGCGUGUCCAUGGACAACGCCCGCCUGGCCCUCGCGGCCAUCGGGAAGCUCAUGUUCGCGCAGUUCUCGGAGCUCGUCAACGACUUCUACAACAACGGGCUGCCGUCGAACCUCUCCGGCGGGCGCAACCCGAGCUUGGACUACGGCUUCAAGGGCGCCGAGAUUGCCAUGGCGGCCUACUGCUCCGAGCUCCAGUUCCUCGCCAACCCGGUGACCAACCACGUCCAGAGCGCCGAGCAGCACAACCAAGAUGUAAACUCCUUGGGACUCAUCUCGUCGAGGAAGACGGCGGAGGCGGUCGACAUCCUGAAGCUCAUGUCCACCACCUACUUGGUCGCCCUGUGCCAAGCCAUCGAUCUGAGGCACCUGGAGGAGAAUCUCAAGCAAGCCGUGAAGAACACGGUGAGCCAAGUCGCCAAGAGGGUCCUCACCACGGCCGCCAACGGCGAGCUCCACCCCUCGCGGUUCUGCGAGAAGGACCUGAUCACCGUCAUCGACCGGGAGCACGUCUUCAGCUACAUCGACGACCCCUGCAGCUCCACCUACGCUCUGAUGCCCAAGCUGCGGAUGGUCCUCGUGGAGCAUGCGUUGAACAACGGUGAGAAGGAGAAGGACGCCAACACGUCCAUCUUCCAAAAGAUCGCUGCCUUGGAGGAGGAGCUGGAGGCCGUCCUGCCGAAGGAAGCAGAGGCGGCGAGAGCCGCGGUCGAGGGCGGCAAUGCGGCCAUCGGCAACAGGAUCGAGGAGUGCAGGUCGUACCCGUUGUACCGCUUCGUUAGGAAGGAGCUGGGGGCUGCAUACCUCACCGGCGAGAAGGUGCGAUCGCCGGGAGAGGAGUUCGACAAGGUGUUCGCGGCUAUCAACAAAGGGCUGCUGAUCGAUCCUCUGAUGGAGUGCUUGAAGGAGUGGAACGGAGCUCCACUUCCCAUCUGUUGAAGGAGGACUUGUCGUUGUUGCAGCUGGAAAGAAUGUGAGCGUGGCAAAAGCAAGGGGAUGCGACAACAUGCCACAAUAUGCCAUUUCUUCUUAAUUCUUUUUCCUACUUAUAUAUUCUUGUUGUUGAUUGUAAUAUAGUGUCGAGAGCAAGCACAGCAGCAGUGCGAUGCAGGUAACAAUGUAGCAUGUGAAAACAUCGAUUAAAACCUUCGUUCAUGGCUUGUUUGAAGUUAUUUGAC